GGGCCGCUGUGCAGUAUGUGCGGCUCGGCUCUGGGUCUCCCUCCCGCCGCAUUCGUCCGCCUGCGCAGCUGCCGGCCAGGUCCUGCGGCGUUCCUCCAGGCGGCCUGGGUGCUCUCACUUGUUCUCGGACUGGGCCGAAGCGAAAACAGUAGAUGCGCAUCCUCCCAUGCUGUGUCGUGUUCCGAGUGCCUUGCGCUGGGUCCAGAAUGUGGAUGGUGUGUUCACGAGGAUUUCAUCUCAGGUGGACGAAGGGGUGAGCGCUGUGAUAUUGUUUCCAAUUUAAUAAGCAAAGGCUGCCCGGUGGAUUCGAUAGAAUACCCCUCUGUACAUGUGACAAUUCCAAGUGAAAAUGAAGUUAAUACCCAGGUGACACCAGGAGAAGUGUCGAUUCAGCUGCGACCAGGAGCUGAAGCUAAUUUUAUGCUGAAAAUUCAUCCUCUGAAGAAAUAUCCUGUGGAUCUUUAUUAUCUGGUAGAUGUCUCAGCAUCAAUGCACAACAAUAUAGAAAAAUUAAAUUCUGUUGGAAAUGACUUAUCGAGAAAAAUGGCAUUUUUCUCCCGUGACUUCCGCCUGGGGUUCGGCUCCUAUGUUGAUAAAACAGUCUCGCCAUACAUCAGUAUCCACCCAGAAAGGAUUCACAACCAAUGCAGUGACUACAACUUAGACUGCAUGCCCCCCCACGGAUACAUCCAUGUGCUGUCCCUGACGGAGAACAUCACAGAGUUCGAGCAAGCUGUGCACAGACAGAAAAUCUCUGGCAACAUUGACACGCCCGAAGGAGGCUUUGAUGCGAUGCUGCAGGCUGCCGUCUGUGAGAGUCACAUCGGAUGGCGAAAAGAAGCUAAAAGACUGCUGCUGGUGAUGACGGAUCAGACAUCUCAUCUGGCCCUCGAUAGCAAGUUGGCAGGCAUUGUGGUGCCGAAUGACGGAAAUUGCCAUCUGAGAAACAAUGUCUACGUCAAGUCCACAACCAUGGAACAUCCCUCACUAGGACAACUUUCAGAGAAAUUAAUAAACAACAACAUCAAUGUCAUCUUUGCAGUUCAAGGAAAACAGUUUCAUUGGUAUAAGGACCUUCUACCCCUCUUGCCUGGUACCAUUGCUGGUGAAAUAGAAUCAAAGGCUGCAAACCUCAAUAAUUUGGUAGUAGAAGCCUAUCAGAAACUCAUUUCAGAGGUGAAAGUGCAGGUGGAAAGCAAGGUGCCAGGCGUCUACUUUAACGUCACAGCCAUCUGUCCAGAUGGGGCCAGGAAGCUCGGCACGGAAGGAUGCAGCAACGUAACAAGCAGUGACGAGGUGCUCUUCAAUGUGACAGUGACAAUGGAAAAAUGCAGUGUCGCAGGAGGGAAGAACUAUGCAAUAAUCAAACCUAUUGGGUUCAAUGAAACCAGUAAAAUCCAUAUACACCAGAACUGCGGCUGUGAGUGUGAGGCCAGCAGAGGAGGUGCAGCGAAGUGUGCCGAAGAAGCACCCCUGGAUUCCGUGUGUCCCCAGUGCCAGGAGAGUCAGUGUCAUCAUGAGGAAGAGCAGUCUCCUGGCCAGAGCUGCAAGGCCCACGAGGACCAACCCAUGUGCAGUGGCCGAGGGGUUUGCGUUUGUGGGAAAUGCCUGUGUCACAAGAUGAAGCUUGGAAAAGUGUAUGGAAAAUACUGUGAAAAAGAUGACUUUUCCUGUCCCUAUCACCAUGGCAGUCUGUGUGCUGGGCACGGAGAGUGUGAAGCGGGCAGGUGCCAAUGCUUCAGUGGCUGGGAAGGGGACCGGUGCCAGUGCCCAUCAGCAGCAGCCCAGCACUGUGUCAAUUCCAAGGGCCAAGUGUGCAGCGGAAGAGGCACGUGUGUGUGUGGCAGGUGCGAGUGCAGCGAUCCCAGGAGCAUCGGUCGCUUCUGUGAACACUGUCCCACAUGUCCUACAGCCUGCAGUGAAAACUGGAAUUGUGUGCAAUGCCUUCACCCUCACAAUCUGUCCCAAGCUAUACUUGAUCAGUGUAGAACCUCAUGUGCUUCCAUGGAACAACCUUAUGUGGAGCAGGCAUCAGAGUGUUUCUCUAGCCCAAGCUACUUGAGGAUUUUUUUCAUCAUAUUCAUAGUCACAUUCUUGAUUGGGUUGCUUAAAAUCCUGAUCAUUAGACAAGUGAUACUACAAUGGAAUAGCAGUAAAAUCAAGUCCUCCUCAGAUUACAGAGUGUCAGCCUCAAAAAAGGAUAAGCUGAUUCUGCAGAGUGUUUGCACAAGAGCAGUAACCUACCGACGUGAGAAACCUGAAGAGAUAAAAUUGGAUAUCAGUAAAUUAAAUGCUCAUGAAACUUUCAGGUGCAACUUCUAAAAAAAAAAAAAAGAUUUAAAAAAGUACUUUGUGGGAAACUGAUUUUUCAAUAACUGCUCCUAAAAAGGAUAGUUCUAAAAGUCACAGGAGGAGACAGAUUGUUCCAGAUUGUGCCGGUUGCUGGAUGGACUCGAGUGAAGAUUGCCAAGCAUCCUCAUCAUCAUGUGACUCACAUAGCUGCUGAAUUUUUCAGAGAAAAAUGUCUUACUACUGUCUGAGACUAGUGUCAUUGUAGCACUUUACUGUAAUAUAUAACUUAUUUAGAUCAACCUAGAAUGUAGAUCAUCUGAAGAGCACUGAUUACACUUUACAGGUACCUUCCAUUCCUAUGCUUCCCAGAGAGAGAGACAACGUUGUGAGAGAGUUGCAUUGUGUCACCACAAGGGUACAGUGAUCCCUGCAUUGACCAUGCAGGCAAAAAAUAUCAUCUGGUAGUUACACCGGAUCUUUUAGGCCAAUUUUGCCAAACACUUCAACUGUUGGCAAUGAGUAGACAAGAACAACUAGAUGAAUAAAUGGUUAGUGUCUCAUUUAUUCAAGAGGUGAACAGAUGAAAGCUUAAUAUUAAGGGAUAUUGCUUCUGAAACUGUAUAGUUUAAUGCAUGUGUGUUGAUCUUUUCUUUUUUCAAGAUGGUUACAAAUUCUAACACUCUCUCCUCUUUCUCUUUGUAGUUUGUUUUUCUCCCCUGCAGGAUAAGUUUAUAUGUCACAAAUGACUGGACUGAAUAAGUGCUAAGUUACUACUGCAUACAGAACUAAUAAUACAAUGUCACUUUAUUAGAAUACUGGUUUUAAAGGCUGAAUGUUAAUGAGAAACACUGUAACUGUUGUCCAAACCAGAAUAGCUUCAUUGUUUGCAGACCUAGUGUUUUGAUUCUUCUUUACCUGGUAAACUGGAUGGAUUGUUCAACCCUUUCAUUUGUCUAGUCAUUAAGGUAAAAUCUGCAAGCCAUUUAGAAAGUCUGCCUCAAGCAAUUGAAUGAGUUCUCUUUCGUAGUUUUGAGUGCAAAUAGCUGUUAUGGGUUUUUUAAAUGAGCAGCUCUAUUUGCCCUUCAAUGCGACCUGGAAAGUCAUGUUUUCUCUGGAUUACCCCAACCACACCCACCAGAACUCAGAAAGGUAUAAAAUCAGAAGAGGGAAGGUGAUAUAAAUAAGCUCAUUCACCUGUCUAGUAAGUCAGGGAACUGAGACUCAGAAAAUUUAAAUGAUGUCUUGAAACACACCCAACUGAUAAAGUGACAGCACUAGGAAAGAGCUUCUGUCUUCUUAUUGCCAGGCCAGUGUUCAUUGCACAAUAUCAUGCUACCUCUUUAAGAUAUCCAAUUGGCAAAAAUUUUUAAAUGGGAUUUACUGAAGUCUUAAAAACAUAAGAAGACAUUUCAAAGCAAUGCUGAAAUGAGUAAUUCAAACCAAAUUCUCCAUAUUGGCUUCCUGUGUUUCCUCCUCACCAGCCUGAAAGUGACUGCAGUGUGGCGCACCCACGGGGAAAUGCACACACUCCAUAGCCUGGAUGAAUAGCGCCCCCUGCAGUUGUACAGUGCGCAGCUUGAGGCCUUGAUAAAAAGGCCUUGCGCUCUCUCUCCCUCAAAGAAAUCUUCACAAUUCUCUAUCCCCAUGGACUUGGUCAGUCUGGGUCUCCUGGCUGGUGGUCCAACAGGCCUGUGUGUAGGACAGAGUUUUGCCUAUGAGCACAAAGGGAUUUAUUUAAAGCAUCUUUUAACUAAGUUCUCGGAUUUGCUGCCUUCUAGUACUUGAGCUAAAGUACUAGAUAUUUGCAUGGUGGUGAAGACAGCCCUAGACAGGACUGAGAAACCUUUCAUAAUUGCUCUGGAAGCCAACUGCACAACAACUCCUCUGGCUGUCACAGCCCCGCAGUGAUGAUCCUACAUGGCAUGGCACUUGCUUCCUCAUAUAGAGACUGGGGACAUGAACAACACGUGGCACUGUGUUUCACUCAUGGGAGCAACCUUUGCUUACCCAAGACUAUGUACGUAUGUGCGUUUGCAUCCUGUCACACAUACUAUCCAUUUUAAAGGGGAAAAAAAAGGAUGCCUAACAACUUCCAAAAUACAAAAAUGGAAGAUAUCCAUGAUUCAAAUGCUAAAUUUUCUUAAAGGGACAUUACACUGUUAAUGAACAGUAAACUAAAUGCCAUAUGGACUAAAUGUCCAUAUGAGUAUAAUAAAAUAAGAUCCUUAAAAACCAAGGAUGUAUAUUUUUCUACCCUCUCAAGUUUGCCUUAGUGGCAUAGUCUACAGAGAGUGUGACCAAAGGAGGGGCAGACUUUCUCACAGGAAACUCAGUGCUAGCUGGUGAUUGUAGUUACACUCAUGACAUCUUGUGCUUUCUUGUUGUUUUGUUUUGUUUUUUAACUUAAUGAGCUAAUUCUUAAAGAUUUUAGAGCUUAUCUUUUACUUGAAUAAUUGAUAUAUUUUCUGUAUAAUGGUUUGUGAAAAGAGAAUUAAUAUUUGACUAGUUAGAUUUAAUUAAAAGAUAAGGGGACACAGGGUAUUCUUAGAUUAAAUAAUUUAUGUACAUAAAGCCUAUUUUCAACUACUAGGACUACAGGAGCCUUUUGAGUUUCAUUGAUAUUAAAUACAACUGUAGAAAUUUUAGUUUGUUAAUAACAUUUAGAACUUGAACACCACUUUGGUACGGUAGCAUUUUGUGCCCUAAAGUUUCUAAUGACUUAAAGACGUGCCAUACAUACACUACAACACAGCUGAGUGCUGUGUGCGUCUGAUUUCUCUGGGGACAUCUUUACAUUGCAGCGCACAUAUAUUUGUAGGCAUUCGCUGUACUUUUGGAAAUUUGCUAAUAUUUAUUAAGUCUUAGAAGUUCCCUGAAAGAUUAAAAAUUCACUAAAAAUCUGACAGGGUCCUAAAUAUUUAAUUUGGCAUUGAUUUACAAAAGUAACCCCCAAAAGCCCAAGGUUAAACAGAAUAAAUAUAUCUGGAGGUGAAUUUUUUAAAACUGAUAAAUAAAAUUAAUGGAUGGAUACAUCAGAUGCAACACAUCGUGGAAUAAUGAAUCCUCAAUAUUUUAAAAGAUAUUUACUUAAUCUUCAUUGAAGACAUCCCUGAGACACUGACGUAUGUUGUGAUAGACCAUGGAAUGGGAAGGUUUUCUCCACAUCACUGUAUUCCUUCUGGUACCUGGUAACAUAGAUUACACUCGGUGACUUUUCCUUUCCUUCCUGUUUUUCCCUCCACAUGUUUCCAAGACGUUGCCCUAAACUUUCAAGCUCCAUAAACUUAAUAGUGAAAAAAUCACUGAAUCGAUUGAUAUAAUGAAGUCCUUCAUUCCCAUACACCUUACCCAUUUUAAAUCGCCUUUGAGUCUAUGCUCCUAAACAAGCAUAGACCCAUUAAAACCUAACAAUGUCACAUUUUGAAACUUUCAUAACUGUUUGGGCUUCUGUCCCUUUUGAAGAAUUUGAGAUAUAUGCUUUCAUGGAAGUAUCAAGCGAUAGACGGUGACCUGGGAGCUCAGCUAUGUGCACCUUUUGCUCUGUUUUGUUUACUCAUAUAUUUAAUUUAUGACUGUUCAUGUCUAUUGUGAUCCUAAGAACUCCAUUUCCUCCAAUGCAAACUGAGAUGCGUUUGCAAAGAAAUAUAGUACUAGCAUCGUUCAGUUCAUUCUCCUUUUCUUUUGUAAUUCCGCUACAGCAAAUGUGCUGCAUGUAAUUGAUUCUACACUUCCAUGUUCAUAUUUCAUAGAUUCCAAGACACUCACCUUUUCCAUAGAACAUCUGAAAUUGUGAUCUAUCUUGCAAUUGUUGGCAUCUGCAAUUGGUGCAGUGUUAAAUAUUGUGCUUGAAUACAUAUUACACUAAUUCCAAGUUAGCUGGAUGUUCAUGGCUAUAAGGGCAUCCCUUGCCUUAUGAAUGUGAGUGAACUCUCAUAUGAUAACAUGUGAAGCCAAUUUUCAGUACAACUAUAUCACAUACAACCUACAUAGAGCUCAUCUGGUCAGAUACUGCAGAUCUUUAAGUUACAACAGCUCUUUCAGGCUCCUGAUUAUACUCUUCGCUAGCGAUUAUGGUUUCAGCAAACUUAACUGAUACGACUAGGUGGGUUUCUUGCAGUUUUGUUAACAAAGUUUUAUAUUUUCUAUUCCUUUCUAAGGGAUCCUUUUAUAUGAUCAUCUCACUUUUAAACAGAAUUAACUGGAAAAAAUACGAUAUGAAACCAUCAUAGUUAGAUUUUGCAGUAUCUUAUAUGUCUUACGUCAGUGGCAGGAGAAAAAUAUGAUACAAUCCAUCCAUGCAGUGAAAAACAACUUUCCUCGUGGGUCUUCCUACUUGUUCAUUCUUCGUUAUCAUUUUCAUUCUUUUCAUUUUUUCAUGGGCUCUGAUAAACUUGCCUUCAAGCCCGUGUAAUGACUGUUGUAAAUCUGCAUAUUUAAGUGAUUUGAAUUAUUUGAAAUAAUUGUUCAACUCUCUGGGCAGCUGUUAAUGAAAUAUCUGAGAGUAAUAACACUACUCUUUUAUCUACCUGGAAUAUUUUUUCUGCAUAAAUUUUACCUUUGUAAGCUAACUCUUCUAAUCAGGUGUCUAGCCUCAACAGCCAACUUCAGCUAAAACUGUCUAACACAAUAAUGAUUUUAAAAACACUGCAAUCAUCAAAGAUAGGAAAUGUGUGAUUUUUGUAAAGAACUUUUACCAAUUUUACACUGUCCUACAGAUAAAUGUGAUUUUGAUGAGAUUACUACACAAUGACAAGUAUGGUACACAGAUUUAUUGAGAAUGUUGAAUAUAUAAUGUUUUAAUUCUAAAUUAUAAAAAAAUUAAAUUUGCACAUAUUAAUAUAGAAAUCCAUUGUGUAUAUUUAACAUAUCUUUAAAGCUAUUUUACAUUUACCAGCUACUUUAUUAAAGUUGUUUAAACCUCUGCAAAAAAAUUUUAGAAAUGUUUUUAAAUUAUCAGUAACAUAACCCUAUUUGUCUCACGUAACAUGUACUGCCUUUGUAAAAAGAACUUUAACAUAGAAUGUAUUUUUAAAUUAAAAUAUUUGAAUAUAAAUCAACUAAGAAAGAAACAAAUUUUCACUUCACAUGUAUCCUGUUAUUUCUGGCUUUUAAUUAUUCAUAAAUAUAAAUUGCCUUAACUGAUACAGAUGAUUGGAGAAUAUGAUGAUUUUACAUACUACACUAUGAACCUGUUUAUAGAGCUGAUUGACUACUAACUUCCGUUCUAUGUAUUUAUUAAAGAGCUGACACUGUAGUUUGUUGUGAGAUGUAUAUUUUUCUAACAGAGCUUACAACAGUUAUGACAAGGCCCUUCACUAUUGCACCAUUCUGUUUCAAUGUAGGUGUUAACCAAUAAGAAACUUUAUGUCUUAAAAUAAAAAUGUAA